AUGCAUAAGUUAUUUUAUAAAUCAUAUAUUAGGGAAUUCAUUGGAGAAUUUUUAGGAACCUUCGUUUUAAUGUUUCUUGGUGAAGGAGCUACAGCAAAUUUCCAUACAACUGGAUUAUCUAGCGAUUGGUAUAAAUUAUGUUUCGGUUGGGGUUUAGCAGUAUUUUUUGGUAUAUUAGUAUCAGCAAAAUUGAGUGGUGCACAUUUAAAUUUAGCUGUUUCAGUAGGUUUAUCAUCUAUUAAUAAAUUUGAUUUUAAAAAGAUACCUUUAUAUUUCAUUGCACAAUUAUUAGGAGCAUUUGUAGGAACAUCAACUGUAUAUGGAUUAUAUUAUGGAUUUAUAUCUAGUAGUAAGAUUCCUCAAUUUGCAUGGGAAACUAGUAAAAAUGAAGCCAUAAGUUUAACUGGUGCAUUUUUUAAUGAAUUAUUAUUAACUGGUAUAUUAUUACUAGUAAUAUUAGUAGUAGUUGAUGAAAAUAUAUGUGGAAAAUUUCACAUAUUAAAACUUAGCUCAGUUGUUGGAUUAAUUAUUUUAUGUAUUGGUAUAACUUUCGGUGGAAAUACUGGAUUUGCUCUUAACCCUUCAAGAGAUUUAGGAGCCAGAUUUUUAUCUCUAAUCGCAUAUGGAAAAGCUACAUUUACAAAAGAUAAUUGUUAUUUUUGGGUACCUCUUGUAGCUCCAUGUGUAGGUAGUGUAGUCUUUUGUCAGUUCUAUGAUAAAGUUAUUUGCCCCUUAGUCGAUCUUGCAAAUAAUGAAAAGGAUGGUGUAGAUUUGUAA